UCUCCUUACAUCAACUUCCUCACUUCCUUACGUAAAUUCUGGUCGAAGCAACCCUCACCAUAAACAAAAGAAGGUAGAAACAACCCUCUCACCUAUCACACUCCAUAAACAAAAAACCUUCUCAUAACUGAUAUUUUCAUCUUCAUCUCUACGCUCACCCGCACACCAUGUCAAACACAAACAUGUUUCUCUUUCUUCUCUUUUUUCUCACACUCCUUUCGGCCAUGAUAACGCCAUCAACCUCCGCCGUCGACUCCUUCAUCUUCGGCGGUUGCUCACAACCCAAGUACACGCCGGGUUCCGCCUACGAGACCAGCGUCAACUCGCUCCUCACCUCGCUAGUCAACUCCGCCGGGUUCACCAACUACAACAACUUCACCAUCCAGGCCACCGCCGCCUCCGACACCCUCUACGGCCUAUUCCAGUGCCGGGGUGACCUCGACAACGACCAGUGCUCGCGCUGCGUGGCGCGUGCGGUCAGUCAACUCGGCACCCUCUGCUCCGUUUCCUGCGGUGGCGCGUUGCAGCUGGACGGCUGUUUCGUCAAGUACGAUAAUGCCACGUUCAUAGGGGUGGAGGACAAGACGGAGGUGAUCAAGAAAUGUGGACCGUCGAUUGGCUUGACUUCGGAUUCGUUGACUCGAAGGGAUGCUGUGCUGGCGUAUUUGCAGACGCUUGAUGGGACUUACAAGACGUUCAGGAGGAGUGGGUCUGGGGACUUUCAGGGUGUGGCGCAGUGCACUGGAGAUUUGAGUCCCAGCGAGUGUCAGGAUUGCCUUUCUGAUGCCAUCCAACGGUUGAGGACUGAGUGUGGACCCACCACUUGGGGGGAGAUCUAUUUGGCCAAGUGCUACGCGCGGUACUCCGAAGGUGGUACUCACUCGCGUGGCAGUUACGAUGAUAGCAAUCACAAUGAUGAUGAGAUUGAGAAAACACUCGCCAUACUAAUUGGACUCAUUGCCGGGGUUGCUCUAAUCAUAGUUUUCCUUUCCUUCUUGUCCAAGGUGUGCGAAAAGCACAAAGGUGGUAAAUAAAGAAUAAUAUGUGCAUAGUACUGGGAUUGAACUUUUGUCCAUGCUUUUCUCUGGUAAAUUACUUGUCUUGCGGUGGCUCUUUCGCUACUCCUAGUUUUUCAGUCUCAACUUUACCUUUUUUUUAUCCAAUCCAUCUUAUUCUUAUCUUUGUAAGUUUCCUGCAUAGUUCCCUUUACAAAGAAUACCAGUGAAGGUAUAGAUAGAAAGAUCUUACGGAAAAAGAAGUUCCACGAAACAAGUUACACAAUGGGUUGCAAUAAGGGGAAAAGGCUCAAAGAUUCCACUCUAUGACCAUUUAUUUACUUGCCUAGUGUCCACCAAUGUGUACAAAUAGUGACCACUAAAGUGAAAAGUGCAGCAUGUUAUGUAAUAGCCUUUGAUGGGUAUGAUUAGAGUUUUUGCUUACUUUUAUAUUAGAUCACGAUGAAGAACUUUACUUUCCGUCCGAAAAGUGAGAUUAUGAAAAGUUUGAUAACAUUUCUG